UAUGGGAAAGCAUUGACUCUUGCUUAAUAAUGAGUUUGUAAUAGCAUGAUUAAGGUGGAGGACGCAGAAAAAUCAUUUCCACUACACAACCUCCUCAAUACAACAACCCCCAUGAAAUCUUCCUUCUAGUCUUUCUUCACCUUUCUCACCAUGCCAUCUCGUUCCAUUCCUCCACCGCUGCCGGAAUCCCCACCGUUAUUUGUCACUUCCCCCCCUGUAGCUACACCAUCUCCUACCCAAUUCCCAAACCACCACCGCCCUCUCUCUUCCCGUCUUCUCCCUCCGCUCACAGCUGCCACAGCCGCCUUCUCCUUUCUACUAGUUUUCGUUGUCUGCUUCCGUAAAAUCAGCCGCAAGCGCACUGUCCCUUCUGACUCUAAGCCACCUCAUCGUUUCUCUUACAAUACCCUCCACCGCGCCACCGACUCAUUCUCCCCUUCCCUUCGCCUGGGCCAAGGUGGGUUCGGCGCAGUAUUUCGCGGCAUUCUCCCAAAUGGGCAACUGGUAGCCGUCAAAGUCAUGGAGUCGGGCUCUCUUCAGGGCGAGCGCGAGUUCCAAAACGAGCUCCUUUUUGCCUCGAAACUCGAGUCUCCGUAUAUCGUCGCGGCGCUUGGAUUCUCCUCGGAUCGCAAACAUCGGACGAUGUUACUGAUUUAUGAACUCAUGCCUAAUGGCAACUUACAGGACGCCCUUCUCCAGAGGAAGUGCCCCGAAUUGAUGCAGUGGAAUAAAAGGUUUAGUAUUGCGGUUGAUAUAGCUAGGGGGAUCGACUAUCUUCAUAGUUUGGAUCCGCCCGUUAUUCAUGGCGAUAUAAAGCCCAGUAAUAUUUUGCUGGAUCAGUGUUUCUCGGCAAAGAUUGCGGAUUUUGGAUUGGCGUGGCAGAAAACAGAGAAUCAAAAUCAGGAUCUCUGCGAGAUUAAGGUAGACGAGAGUGAUGUGGGGAAGAUGAAUGGUGGAUCGGAGUUGAAGAAGGCUGAAUUAGAGAGUAAUAAUGGGGUCCCGAUUGAGGAUUAUGGAUCUUUGGUGGAGACCGAAAGUGUGACUACCGGGUUCGAGGAGUUCAGCUUGGGAGUUGAACAGUCCCCGGAGAGCUUUCUUAAGGGACCUGUUUCAAUUUCUGCAACAUCACCGGAGACGGUAGAGAGUGUAAGUGCCUCGCCGGAAGCAGGUGGGUUAGCAGUGCCGCCAGAGGGAAAUUUUGAUGGUGCUAGUAUUGAGAGUGGGAAAGAUUUGACUAAUGGAGGGAAAAUGAGUGAAAGAGUGAUGAAGAGUGCAUCUGGAAGGGACUGGUGGUGGAAACAAGAUAACAGUGACGUGGUGGAGAACGGAGCGGUGAAAGACUAUGUGAUGGAAUGGAUUGGAACAGAGAUAAAGAAGGAAAGGCCGAAGAGCGAUUGGAUUGGAACUUCAUCAUCGAGCAAUCAAACAAUUAGGAAAAUGGAUAAAAAGAAAAAUCGAAAGCGUUUGGAUUGGUGGGUUUCGUUGGACGAGGAGAAAGAAGAGAAGGUUUGGAAGAAGGAGAAGAGAAGGCCGCCGAGGGAGUGGUGGAAAGAGGAGUAUUGUGAAGAGUUGGAGAGAAAGAAUAAGAAGAAGAAGAAGAAGAAGAAGGAACGAAAUAUGGGGAUGACCAACGAUGACAUUGGGGGAGGAGGAGAAGAGUGGUGGCCAAGGGAUGAGGAGUUGUACGUUGAGAAAAAGAAGAAGAAGCGGAGUAGGAGUAGAAGCAGUCGAGGCAGUGUUGACUGGUUUAGCGGUGAGCUAUUUAGAGGUACCGACAACAGCCAUGAUUCUUUAAGUGGAGAGAUACCAAAGAGUGGAGGAGUUAGCAGUACGCCAAGUAUGAGAGGAACUGUUUGUUAUGUCGCCCCUGAAUAUGGGGGUGGUGGACAUUUAUCAGACAAGUCUGAUGUGUAUAGCUUUGGAGUUUUGUUGUUAGUUCUUAUUGCUGGAAGGCGUCCGCUUCAGGUUACAAGCUCACCCAUGUCUGAAUUUCAGCGUGCCAAUCUAAUACAUUGGGCUCGUCAUCUGGCACGUUCUGGAAAGCUUCUUGAUUUGGUUGAUCAAUCUGUACAGUCUUUGGAUCGAGAUCAAGCUCUUUUAUGCAUUGCUGUUGCUCUCCUCUGUUUGCAGAAGUGUCCUGCUCGCCGGCCUUCCAUGAAGGAGGUUGUAGGGAUGCUCACUGGUCAAUCAGAGGCACCUCAAUUGCCGAUUGAAUUUUCUCCUUCACCUCCCAAGCGCUUGCCCUUCAAGUCCAAGUCAAUUAAGAAGGUCCGGUGAGUUUCCACCGUUGGAUGCCAAUAUCAAUGAACAAUAUAUAUUUUUUCUAAAUUAUCAAAGUUAGAUGAUUUCAUUUGAAAAAAAGGCCUUGUAGGCCUAUUACAA